AUGGAUCAUCCAAAUCACUUAACAUUAGUGGUCACCAUAUUGCUACUUGCAUUUCAACUGGCAUCAUGCAAUAAGAACGCCAGGCCAGUUUACGAAGUUAUUAACGAACAAUCAAGAGUUGAUGAUAGAGUCAGAAUAUCAAGUAGCCCAGGGUUACUUCCAUAUGGUAACCCACUCGCUGGUAACUCCAUACAGAAUGCAAGAUUACACGCCAGCAACCAACAAGCUAUGUUCAACGCUGAAAGGAUUCGUCAACACAAAGCUCAGUUACAACGACAGACAAAUCUGCCCAGAAUCGAAGAUAGCUACAUGAAAGCGUACCACGAAUCACAGGAAAGUCAUCAGCUGGCUUUAGAGCGACAACAGGCUACAAUUAAUGAUAAUCCAACAACUAAAACACCAGUCAGAUCACAACACAGACAGAAACAACGAGUACAAAUAAAUAAAAGACUACAUAGCACUGAUCCGCCAAAACUAAUGCCGAAAAUCACUAAUCGAGGACAAAGUCGCUUACAGAAUCUUCCAAAGAGAGACACUCUAACACCAGGAUUAGAUGUAACGAAAAUUACAAAAGAGGACGCCAUAGCGAAUAGGAAUAGAAAUUAUAGAUCAUAUGGUCCAGUUGAUUAUCAACAAUACUUGGAGCCGCAGAGAUACAGAACUGUAUACGUGACAGCAUCAGAAAACGACCAGGAUGUCUCAUUAAAAGAUAAUAUCAACCUUCUAGGACAUUUGAAUAGUAAAACACCGAGUAAACUUUACGCGGAAACGAUUUCCAGCGAUUCUAAAUACGGCUAUCCGAAACACUACACACAAACACAGAACUUAAAAUCGAUCCAAGAUAUUCAAGUUCUCAAUUCAUUACUAACAAAAAAUCCAGUGGAACAAUUGACAGAAUUUAAUGCUCUUAUAACAUCUAGCGCUGAAAACGACAAUAAACAACCAAUCGAUCUUUAUCUCUAUCUUAAAGAUCCAAAUACCCAGGCACUAUCUCAAGAACAAUCAAAAUACGCUCAGAAUUCUAAUUCAUACAUAAUUCCAUCAGAAUUAAAAAUAAAAGAUCACACGCCGAUAACAGAAGAUGUAGAUGAUAUUGGCAUCCCAAUAGAAGACCAACAAUAUUACAGCAUUCAAACAAUACCAACGACUAAAGCCAGCGAAGUUACUACUACGAGAAAUGAUUACUACAAAGUAGAAGUGGCCAGUCAAACAAUAACGGGACCGAGACAAGAAGAAUAUAAUCCAAAUGACCCAACUUACCAAAUAUCGCAUUACGGUCAAACUUAUGGUAAGAACGACGUCAAAAAUGAACAGUAUUUGAAGAUUAAUUCACAACCAACUGGAGUUCAACAUCUAUCUGGUGAUGGAACAGAAGUUUCAGCUUACGGCGACGAUGAUGUAAGUAUACCGAAAAAACUAUCAAUAUCUAUCCACAUACGUCAAAAGCGAUCUAAACUAGACACAUCACCAUUCCUUUUCACUGACGAAAAAACGAAAUCCACAGCAACUAAUUGCUCAGACUCGCCCACAUCCGAAUCCCUUAUUAGGUUAAAUCCGUUAACCAAGCAACGCGCCGGUGAUUUCAACGUUUUUCUGUCCCCUGACUUUCCCGUCGGUGAAGCUGCCGACUAUAAUGACGACUACGAUUACCAACAGUUAAACUCGAAGCGAUCAAAGCAAAAACUCGAAUCGUUUUACGAUGACGACUAUUAUGAUGACUUUAGUUCAGAUUAUGACAAUCCUAGACCAUAUUUUCCCCCUCAAUCCGAACCAAAGGUCUAUCCUUCCAGAACGCGUAAUUUUCGUCGUUCUCCCAUAUCUCAACUCUAUGGAAAUCCUCCCGCUACCUCUUAUGGUGUUCCUAUAUACGGUACAUCAGUAUUCAGCACAGCCCAAACAUUCAUUCCCCCUAAAUUAGAAGUACCUACAUUAACAAACCAAUUCCCGAAUGUCAUUGAACCGGUCUACAUGCUCACACAAUCACAAUUAAAAGAAUUAGUAGGACAUCACAAUUUGAAUAUUGAACAUCUCGAUGUAUACCAACUUCUUAAAGAAAACAGAGCCAAGAAAACACCUUACUACCCAAGAAAAUAUCGUAAACGAAAUCCCUUUAGGCACCUCAGAACUCAGAAUCGUGACUGGAACUACAAGAAAAUGUGCUUUCUAUUUUACUUGGAUCUUCAACUAUUACAGAAAUUAAAAUACGCUGCGAAUUAUGAAUUCGGUUACCGUGUGAGAGAUAUCGACACAGCUAAUUUCUACGGACAUAGAGAGUCAAAGAAUGGCUUGAAAACCAAAGGACAAUAUCACGUAUUGCUGCCUGAUGGAAGAAUGCAGCAAGUAAACUACGUCGCUGGCCCAGACGGAUAUCACGCUGAUAUAACGUAUGACAAACCUCAUUAA